CUCCCCAUUAAAUUUAAACACUCGCUGCAGUCUCUGAAAAGUCGAAAACCUUUUGUUCUCUAGACUUUGAAAUGGCUGAUUAUGGGCAACAGUGGCAGAGCUUUGAUCCUGUUCAAGUGUUCUCAUACACGGAUAUGAGAUACAGUACUCUAGUACUUGACCAUCUCGAGGAUCUGAAUUCAACUGUCUUGGAGGAUUUUAGCAGUGGAGAUUUCUCGGCAGAAACUUUCCUGGCCGCCAAACAGGCUGGUCACGAGUUCCCAGAAAAUACUACCAACUGCAUGAAUGAAGUGCAGGCUCUGCAUGAUGUGGCCAUGCCUUCACUUCCCGAGAGAAAGAAGAGGAAAGUGAUGGAGCAAUCGACUCCCAGCUCUAUGAGUAUGAGUAUUUCUUCUGGAGCUUCCCAAAAUGGCCCGAGAAUCAGAGAUUGUGCCAUGAAAAAGAAUUACUCAGGAAAAGGUAAGAAAAAUGUCGACGGCGAGAAAGAAGUGGAAGAAUCAGAGGGAGGGGUGCAUGUCAAAGCAAGAAGAGGCCAAGCUAGUGACAAGCACAGCAUAGCAGAGAGGGUGAGAAGAGAGAAAAUCAAUAGUCGACUGAAGCGCUUGCAAAUCAUUGUUCCAGGAUGCCACAAGAGCAUGGGAAUGUCAGCAAUGCUGGAUGAAAUUAUCAACUAUGUCCAUUCAUUGCAGAAUCAGGUUGAGUUUCUUUCGAUGGAACUCGCUGCAGCAAGCUCACUAUACCACUUCAACUUGGGAUCAGCCGAAGUUAUCACAAACGCAGGCACAGCUCCUUCGAAAACCUUCCAAAUCUAGUUAUGUUCGCGCCUAGACUUUCGCGGUUUAUGCAAAAUUUACCAGAGGCUUGAAUGUUAAAUUUGUUUCCUCUAGUAAUUAAACAGCAGAUUUGCUAUAUUAUUGAUUUCUUGUGUUGUCCAAAUAAUAGUGAGAUUGUGCCUUUUUGAUGCCUUAAA